UGGUGGGUAGUGGGUUACCUUUUUGUUGAGCUACAGCCAUGGAGGCAAUUGAAGAAGAAGCCAAAAAGCGAAGGACAAGGAGGAAUUGUAAAAAAUUCUCAAUUUUCAGAAGAAAAAAAAGAAAAGAAAGAUUCUGAGGAUCAAUAGUUAGUUGAAAAUGUCUUCUCCAAGCAAAAGAAGAGAUAUGGAUGUUAUGAAAUUGAUGAUGAGUGAUUACACCGUGGAGACAAUUAAUGAUGGAAUCACGGAGUUCAACGUGGAAUUUCAUGGCCCAAAAGAAAGCCUUUAUGAAGGUGGAGUCUGGAAAAUAAGAGUCGAGUUGCCAGAUGCCUACCCUUACAAGUCUCCUUCCAUUGGGUUUCUCAACAAAAUAUUCCACCCUAAUGUUGAUGAGCUGUCUGGCUCUGUAUGUUUGGAUGUCAUCAAUCAGUCGUGGAGCCCUAUGUUUGAUCUCUUAAACGUAUUUGAGGUUUUCCUGCCACAGCUUUUGCUAUAUCCGAAUCCUUCGGAUCCAUUAAAUGGUGAUGCAGCCUCACUGAUGAUGAAAGACAAGAAUCAAUAUGAACAAAAAGUGAAAGAGUAUUGUGAACGGUAUGCAAAGAAGGAGAAUGUCGUUGGCACACCAAAAGAUGAGAGUGAUGAUGAGAUUAGUGAAGAGGAGUUCAGUGGACAGAGCGACAGUGACGACGAAGUUGUUGGCCAUGCUGAUCCUUGAGUGAAUAGACUAGGAUCCUAAAUGGAGAUCAUGUUUUUAGUUCAUUAUUCUCCGUACAUGUAAUAUUUGAUUCGUCAUCGCAUGUAAAUCUAGGUGCCAAAGGUAGUUUAGGGACAAUAUACAUAACCUGCAGAUGUGUGAUGAAUUUCAGUCUGUGUAGAAACUCUCCACCCUAUGGUCAAUGUAACUUACCAAUAUAUGUGUUAGAAUUCAGGUUCUUGUUUUAAACUUGUCUUCGAACCUGAUGUGUUCGUUAUCUUUAAGGUUCUUAGCGUUGAAUUCA